AUGGCCUCUAAAGAUUCACAGAAUCAAAAGCCUGGAGGUCUGCCUGGUUUUCUUCCUGAAGUCACAAAUCCAGAUCAAUACUCUCGAGCGGCUUCUUCCCAUCCCAGGAAACAAGCAAGGCAGCAGCCGGAUGCCCCUCAGCCAAGCAGUUUCCUGUCAACAACCAGUCUUCCCCCUGGUCUAGAAUAUUUAAGCCAGUUGGACCUGAUAAUCAUCCAUCAGCAGGUGGAACUUCUUGGGAUGAUACUCGGCACUGAGACUUCCAACAAAUAUGAGAUCAAAAACGGCUUGGGACAAAGAAUUUACUUUGCAGUGGAGGAAAGCAUCUGUUUUAACCGUAAUGUAUGUUCCACGCUGAGAGCCUGCACCCUGAGGAUCACAGACAACUCGGGUCGAGAGGUGAUUACAGUGAACAGGCCCCUAAGGUGUAACAGCUGCUGGUGCCCUUGCUACCUACAAGAGCUAGAAAUCCAAGCCCCUCCAGGUACUACAGUUGGUUAUGUUGCACAAAAGUGGGACCCCUUUCAACCCAAAUUCACAAUCCAAAAUGCAAACAAAGAAGACAUUUUAAAAAUUGUUGGUCCUUGUGCAACCUGUGGCUGUUUUGGUGAUGUGGACUUUGAGGUGAAAACUGUGGACGAAAAGCUUACGAUCGGGAAGAUUUCCAAGUACUGGUCCGGAUUUGUCAAUAAUGUGUUCACAAAUGCUGACAACUUUGGGAUACAUGUUCCUGCAGAUCUCGAUGUGACACUCAAAGCAGCAAUGAUUGGUGCUUGCUUUCUCUUUGAUUUUAUGUUCUUUGAACACUCACUUGCUGGAUUAUAA